UGCAGACGGCGUUCCAGAUAAAAGCACGAUGACUAUGGAUGUGAGCAAGUCCGAGACGAAUAAAAAUGGCACCACGCCGCAAGAGUGUGCCGGCUGCGGGAAGACGAUCACGGAAAGGUUUUACCUCAAGGCCCUGGACCUCUACUGGCACGAGGAUUGCCUCAAGUGCGAGGCCUGCGACUGUAGGUUAGGAGAGGUCGGCUCUACCUUGUUCACCAAGGUCAACCUUAUCCUCUGCAAGAGGGACUACUUCAGGCUGUUCGGGAACAAGGGCUACUGCUCGGCCUGCAAGCAGCAGAUACCGCCGUUCGAACUGGUCAUGAAGGCCAGGGCGAACGUCUAUCACCUGGACUGUUUUGCCUGCCAACAGUGCAGUUACCGGUUUUGCGUGGGCGAUCGAUUCUACCUGAACGAGAACAAAAUCCUGUGCGAGUACGACUACGAGGAGAUGCUCGCGUUCGCCAAUAUGUCAGUACAAACACCUGCCUCGCUGGCGUACAUCAAAAGGCAACUGCCGCCGACGCCGACGCCGCCCGGCCAGAACAUGCAUCCCGGUCACAAUCCACAGCAACCUCAUCAGGGACUUGGCCAGUCGGUGGGUCAACAUAAUCACGCGUCGAACGGUCAGAUGUCCGGGAGCACGCCAACGGCGAACGGGACGGCCAUAGGCGUGGGCGGGCCCAGGGCCCCCGGGGACAUGAACAACAACGGGCUGUCCGGCCCGGCUCUGGGCCCGGUUAAACCUCCGCCGAUGUCCGUGCAGGCGUCGACCAGCUGAAACGAGCUGUCGCCCCCCUUGAAGAAGCUCAGGUGUCUCAGCGGUUACUAAAGCUGCCCGCAGGAGAGCGACGCUGAGAACGCUGCGCGUUGCGCGCGCGGAGCGGUGGAACGAGGACGUAGGAGCGGAAGGACGGGAGGGUGAGCCCGGCCGCGGGUGGACUAGAGUGCGGGAGGUGGGACGGAGGACCGGGGAUCGCGGCCGAUCGCCUCGGAGAGAUCGAGGAGAGGCCGACUUCCGGCGAUGGUACUCGCGGACAGGUCGUCGGCCGGUAGAUCGAACGUUUUUACGAGACUUCGUAAGGUUCCCUUCGAGGAUACAAUCACUGUGAUCGCGAAGAAUGUGAAUUUCACGGAGGAGAGAUCCGUUGGCAACAGAUUAGGACGGUGCGCGCGCGCGAGUGCGCGGGGAUCGCCGGCGCACGAUGUACAGACACAGACGCGUCUUGUAAUAUAUGGAUACCGACUCGUUUAACGAUAAGAUAGACGAUCCAUGUAAGAUAUAUUUCUAGGCGAGGAGCGAUGCGAACGAUUAAGAGUGGCGUGCGAACGUGUGUGCGUGCGUAAGAGAGCGUGUUUGCGAGCGUAGCAGAGUCCUCUUGUAAAUAUCCGAUGAAUAUCGACUCUGCAGACCCCGGAAGACUAUCAGUAUACGCAGACCAAUCGAUGAUUUCUAUUAUGGUACUCGCGAUUCGCCGCUAUUCGACGUAGCAGCUAAUCGAGCGGGCGAGAGUACGGC